AUGGCGGCCGUAUACGACGAAGUAGAGAUUCAAGACAUGGAGUUUGACAAGGAGGAACAGGUGUUUUAUUAUCCGUGUCCAUGCGGUGAUCGCUUUAGUAUCGACCUUGAAGAACUUCAUGAUGGUGAGGACAUUGCCACAUGUCCGAGUUGCUCGCUCACGAUUCGUGUCGUCUUCAACAAGGAAAAUCUACCAGACGUCAAUGAAGACAAGGAAGACUCAACCGAGUGA